UCAAAGAAGGGAGAGAAACUUUUGUGAGACGACGAACCAAAAGCAUUGGAAACGGAAGAGAAGAAGAAGGCUGCUCCUUUGGUCCUCUCUGUUUCUUCUCUACCCGUCGAUUCAGAUCUCUCUCUCUCUCUCUGCCUAUAGCGUAAUCGAAUCAAUCCUCGAAAUUUUAGUGGUGAAGUCGGAAAUUCGAGUUUUUGUAGGUCGAUACGACGACACCUGUUGGAUUGGAUCGGGGGUGAUUCCGAUAUGGUUCGAUCGGGUAGUUUUCACGUCGAUUCGUCUUCGGCGAGUCAUCGACGGACACCGUCUAGGACGGUGACGUUGGGUCAUAUUCAGCCUCAGGCUCCGAGUUAUCGUACCGUUUAUUGUAAUGAUCGGGAGUCUAAUCAACCCGUCCGGUUCAAGGGUAAUUCGAUUUCUACAACAAAGUACAAUGUUUUCACUUUUCUGCCAAAGGGUCUGUUUGAACAGUUUAGGCGCAUAGCAAACAUAUACUUUCUUGGAAUUUCGUGUCUAUCAAUGACACCAAUAAGCCCUGUGAGUCCAAUAACAAAUGUAGCUCCACUGUCAAUGGUGCUUCUUGUUUCUCUAAUUAAAGAGGCUUUCGAAGACUGGAAAAGGUUUCAAAAUGAUAUGUCCAUAAAUAAUAGCACAGUGGAGAUCUUACAAGAUCAACAGUGGAUAUCUAUUCCUUGGAGAAAGUUACAAGUUGGAGAUAUUGUCAAGAUAAAAAAGGAUGGAUUUUUCCCAGCAGAUAUUCUUUUCCUAUCCAGCACUAAUGCUGAUGGUAUCUGCUACGUUGAGACUGCAAACCUAGAUGGAGAAACAAAUUUAAAAAUAAGAAAGGCCCUUGAAAGGACAUGGGAUUACUUAGUACCGGAGAAAGCUUAUGAGUUUAAAGGUGAAAUUCAGUGUGAGCAACCAAACAAUUCUCUGUACACUUUCACUGGGAACCUUGUAGCCCAAAAGCAAACGUUACCUCUCUCUCCGGACCAGCUUUUAUUGCGUGGAUGCAGUCUUAGGAACACAGAAUACAUAGUUGGAGCUGUAGUUUUUACUGGUCAUGAGACAAAGGUGAUGAUGAAUGCCAUGAAUGCUCCUUCCAAACGAAGUACAUUGGAAAAGAAGCUUGACAAACUCAUUAUCACAAUCUUUUGUGUCCUUGUCACAAUGUGUCUGAUUGGAGCUAUAGGCUGUUCAAUUGUGACGGAUCGUGAGGACAAAUACUUGGGUCUUCAUAAGUCAGAUUGGGAAUACCGUAAUGGACUCAUGAUAGGGUUUUUCACCUUUUUCACGCUAGUCACUCUGUUCUCAUCAAUUAUACCAAUCUCCCUUUAUGUUUCUAUUGAGAUGAUCAAGUUUAUCCAGUCGACCCAGUUUAUCAACCGAGAUCUUAAUAUGUAUCAUGCUGAAACAAAUACCCCCGCCUCGGCCAGGACUUCCAAUUUGAACGAGGAGCUUGGACAGGUGGAGUACAUAUUUUCUGAUAAAACCGGAACGCUGACGAGAAAUUUGAUGGAGUUCUUCAAAUGUUCAAUUGGAGGUAUAAGUUAUGGAUGUGGUGUCACUGAAAUAGAAAGAGGAAUCGCUCAGCGUCAUGGCUUAAAAGUUCAAGAGGAACAAAGGUCGACUGGUGCAAUAAGAGAAAAAGGAUUUAAUUUUGAUGAUCCAAGGCUUAUGCGGGGAGCUUGGAGAAACGAACCUAAUCCUGAUCUUUGCAAGGAACUUUUUAGAUGCCUGGCUAUCUGUCACACUGUGCUUCCUGAAGGUGAUGAGUCCCCUGAGAAGAUUGUUUAUCAAGCUGCAUCUCCAGAUGAAGCUGCCUUAGUUACUGCUGCCAAGAAUUUUGGAUUCUUCUUUUAUAGGCGUACUCCAACUAUGGUGCAUGUUCGUGAGUCUCAUGUGGAGAAGAUGGGAAAGAUUCAAGAUGUGGCCUAUGAGAUCCUUAAUGUUCUCGAGUUCAACAGUACUAGGAAGCGCCAGUCUGUUGUAUGUCGUUUCCCAGAUGGAAGGCUUGUACUCUACUGUAAGGGCGCUGAUAAUGUAAUAUUUGAGAGAUUGGGUAAUGGUACGGACGAUAUUAGGAAAGUAACAAGAGAACAUUUGGAACAAUUUGGGUCUUCUGGAUUGCGUACCCUUUGCCUAGCCUAUAAAGACUUAAACCCUGAAACCUAUGAUAGUUGGAAUGAAAAGUUUAUCCAGGCCAAAUCUGCAUUACGAGACCGUGAGAAGAAGUUAGAUGAGGUGGCAGAACUUAUUGAGAAGGAUCUUACCCUCAUCGGAUCAACUGCAAUAGAAGACAAACUUCAGGAAGGGGUGCCUACCUGCAUAGAAACCUUAUCAAGAGCUGGAAUUAAGAUCUGGGUGUUAACAGGAGACAAAAUGGAAACGGCUAUUAAUAUUGCAUAUGCAUGCAACUUGAUCAACAAUGAAAUGAAACAAUUUGUCAUUAGUUCUGAAACGGAUGCAAUUAGGGAAGCUGAAGAAAGGGGUGAUCAAGUUGAGAUUGCUCGUGUUAUCAAAGAAGAAGUAAAGAAGGAGCUGAAAAAGAGUCUUGAAGAAGCUCAACACUCUCUGAAUACCGUAGCUGGACCAAAAUUGUCUCUCGUUAUUGAUGGAAAGUGUUUAAUGUAUGCAUUAGACCCAAGUUUACGCGUGAUGCUGCUCAGCUUGAGCUUGAACUGUACUUCAGUUGUAUGCUGUCGUGUUUCUCCGUUACAGAAAGCACAGGUCACAAGCUUGGUGAGGAAAGGGGCGCAAAAGAUUACACUUAGUAUUGGUGAUGGGGCCAAUGAUGUUAGCAUGAUUCAAGCCGCUCAUGUUGGUAUAGGAAUAAGUGGGAUGGAGGGAAUGCAAGCUGUGAUGGCUAGUGAUUUUGCCAUUGCUCAGUUUAGAUUUCUUACAGAUUUGCUUCUUGUCCAUGGACGGUGGUCAUAUCUUCGAAUCUGCAAGGUUGUCAUGUAUUUUUUCUACAAGAAUCUUACCUUCACUUUGACUCAGUUUUGGUUCACAUUUCGAACUGGAUUUUCUGGGCAAAGGUUCUAUGAUGAUUGGUUCCAGUCAUUGUUUAAUGUUGUAUUUACAGCUCUUCCUGUCAUUGUCCUUGGGCUGUUUGAGAAGGAUGUGAGUGCAUCCCUUUCGAAAAGAUAUCCAGAACUGAGAGCCAGUAUGAGGUCACGGCCUAAGGUACCGAAGAAGUAG